CGUUACUUUUUCAUGAAAUUCGCUUACACAGAAAUGAAGCGGCAGGUUGGUGUAUGUGUGGCCAAGUUGUACUGCACACAUCACGCAAAUAAAUGGAAUAAAUAGUAUGAUUGAAUUAACCGUCAGAGAGUUGGCAGAAAAGUUGCUUACAAAAGUCACAACGACAAAGCUACAGCUGGGAAACUGCUUUUCACAGCUACAAAAUGUUGAAUGCUGGCAAAAUAUUUGGAAGCUACAUUGGAUCCCUGAGUGGACGAAGCUGCCUGCGGGGAGUGCACCUGAAACGCCGUGAAGUCUAUUUGCAAUGUUUUCGCAUCCUGGGAGUGUGCGAGGGUGCGGACCAGAACACCGUGCGUCAGGCGUACUUGGAUUUGGUGAAACGCGUCCAUCCGGACUCUGGGUGCGAGGAGGCCAGUGCCGAACGCUUCCAGCAGGUGGACGAGGCCUUCAAGACGCUGCAGGAGAAGUUCGCCAAGGGUCGCCGCAACAUCCAGGAGGACGAGGAGCAGGCCAUGGAGUUUGACAUCGAGCACACGGCGCCACAGCACCGACAGUUUCUGUCCAACGAGGGCAUUGGCGUGGGCACACCCUUUCAGCGCCAGAAGCAGUACCAGCAGGUGCGCGCCAUGAAGGCCCAGGAGCGUGUGCUCGAGCAUCGCAUUGAUAAGGCGGCCGCCGGCGACAGCACGCUUAUGUCCAAGGAGGGAAAUCACUUUCGAAAGCACGCCAUUAAAACCAAAUACGGCAUCGAUCGUGUGGUGGAGGAUCUCAUUCAGGAGUCCAUGUCCAAGGGCGAUUUCAACAAUCUGAAUGGCUCCGGCAAGCCGCUGUCCUCUGCUCAGUCGCAAAAUCCCUACCUUGACUUUACCACACACAAACUGAAUAGUAUAAUGCUCGACAAUGGCUUCAUGCCAGAAUGGAUCACGCUCAGCAAGGAGAUACGCGAUGCCCGGCAGCAGCUGUUGCAGAAAGUGCGCCUGGAGCGCAUCUACUACGGCGAUUGGCCACUUCAGCGUCCCGACGAGCAGGACGCCUGGCAAAGGUUCAGCCUGAACCUAGAGCAUGAAGUGCAGGAGCUGAACAAGCUGAUUGACAAAUACAAUCUGAUUGUGCCCAUACUCAAGAAUCAAUUCUUUCGCUAUCGGCUGGAUCGCGAGGCGCCAGUUGUGUUUAAGGAGGCAACUUUGAAGCGGAACCAACAGCGCCCUGCAGUCGAAUACAAAGCGAAGGAUGAGCAGUCGGAAAAGCCAUUGAAGAGCUUGAUAUCCGAACUUUUUGCGCGUCUCUUGUGAUACUAAAGGAACCCCCCAACCCGUGAUAUUAGUGUGUAGAAAAUCGUUGAAAUACUUGGAAUAAUU